AUGUUUAAGAGAUUCUUUCGAUCAAGACCUACACCCGUAGUUCCCUAUAAAUUGGGACAACCUACGUUCGAAACCAGAAAUCAUAUACUCCCUAAAGCAGGGGAUCUCACUCCAGGUAUAACUGCACUCGAAUAUUAUGAAAGACGGUUAAAGUUGAUCAAGGAAUUACCUGCGAAAUCAAUAAGUAUCUUAGUGGGUAAUAAUGUUAAAUAUGCAUCAGGAAGUGUUUUUUACGAUUUCCAACAAAGCAAUAAUCUUUUCUAUAUGACAGGCUGGUUGGAACCCAAUUCAGUAGCCGUUCUAGAGAAAACUGCCAACAAUGGAGAGGACGAUGAUCUAAUCUUCCAUAUGUUAGUCCCAGAAAAGAAUCCUAGCGUAGAGAUUUGGGAGGGUGAAAGAUCAGGAUUACAAGGAUGUUAUGAAUUCUUCAAUCCUGAUAAUGUUGAAGAUAUCAAGAACGUUCGAAAAUAUAUUUCCGACUUAAUUAAACGUAACGAUUAUAUAUAUUAUGAUAAGAAGCUGGGAGGUUCAUAUUUUGAAAACUUCUUUCAAAUGGAUGAAAAUGAAGAUACCAUUACCAAUUUAUUGAAAAGUUUCAACAAGAAAGUUCAACCUUUACUGCCAUUGAUAGCUAAACAUAGGGAAAUCAAAUCCCCUAGCGAAAUUGCAGUGUUACAUAAAGCUGGAAGAAUAUCUUCAAGAGCCAUAAAUAAAGCCAUAGCACAAACUGGUAGUGAACAUCCUAUACAAUCGGAAAAAUCUUUAGGGGCUUAUUUACAAUAUGAAUUCAUCAAAGGAGGUUGUGACAAACAAGCAUAUAUCCCUGUAGUUGCGGGAGGUGAAAAUUCUCUUAUAAUCCAUUAUACAAGAAAUGAUGAUUUAUUGUAUAAAGAUGAAUUAGUAUUUGUUGAUGCGGGAGGAAAGUUGGGAGGUUAUUGUGCUGAUAUCUCCCGUACUUGGCCAAAUUCAGGUACCUUUACUGAACCUCAAAAGGAUAUCUAUGAAAUUGUUUUGAAUGUUAAUAAAUCAUGUAUUGAAAAAUGUCACCAAUCUAAUGAAAUUUCCAUGCAUGAACUUCAUGAUUUUAGUGUAAAUAAAUUGCAUUCAAAUUUGAAAAACUUGCCUGGUUUCCAAUCGAUUUCAAGAUCUGAUUUGGUCCGUCACUUGUAUCCACAUUAUAUUGGGCAUCAUCUUGGUUUGGAUCUUCAUGAUAUCCCUUCAGUAUCCAAGUUCAAAAAACUUGUCCAUGGGAAUGUUAUAACCAUUGAACCUGGAUUAUACAUUCCUAAAGAUCCUAAAUGGCCCAAACAUUACCAGGGUAUUGGUGUUAGAGUUGAAGAUGACAUUGUCGUAGGUAAGGAUAACAAAGAUAUCCUCAACUUGACAAGUUUAUGUGUUAAAGAAGUGAAGGACAUCGAAAGUUUGAUUUCAAAAGCACAUUGUUCAACUCCUGGUGCAUAUGAUGAAUUGGUAGACAUUCAUAUUGAUGAGUUAUAG